AUGUUUCCGCCGCCUAGAUCUACCGUCUGGAUCGCGUUCGCCAUCUUCCUUCUCUUACACUUAUCUCCAUUGCAUGGCUUCUACCUCCCCGGAAGUUACCCCCACAAGUACCCGAUCGGAGAUUCCCUAUUCGUGAAGGUGAAUUCUUUGACGUCCAUUGACACCGAGAUUCCCUUCGGCUAUUACUCCCUUCCCUUUUGCCGUCCGCUCGACGGCAUCAAGGACUCGGCUGAGAAUCUUGGCGAGCUCCUCAUGGGUGAUCGCAUUGAAAAUUCUCCGUACCGCUUCCGCAUGUUCACCAACGAGUCCGAUAUACUCCUUUGUCGCACCGACCCCCUCUCCAUCGCCGAUCUCAAUCUUCUCAAGAAGCGCAUCGACGAGAUGUACCAGGUCAAUGUUCUCCUUGAAAACCUCCCCAUUCGCUACACCUCAAAGGACGAUCUCGCCCUCCGGUGGACUGGCUUCCCUGUCGGAAUCCGCGUCGGCGAAUCAUACUUCAUCUUCAACCACCUCAAGUUUACCGUCCUGGUCCACAAAUACGAGGAGCCAGCCACUGUCGCCGCUGCCUCGGCAACCUCCGCCACUGCCUCUGGCUCUAUCUCAGAUGCCCCGGGAUAUAUGGUCGUCGGGUUCGAGGUCGUCCCUUGCAGCUUCCGUCGCACCGAGUCGAUUAAGAAUCUCAAGAUGUACGAGAAAUACCCUACCAAUAUCCGAUGCGAACCAACCAAUGUGGCCAUGGCGUUGAAGGACAAGCAACCGCUGGUUUUCACCUAUGAGGUCUCCUUUGUCGAGAGAGACAUUCACUGGCCAUCUUGGUGGGACGCUUAUUUGAAGAUGGAGGGUGCAAAGGUUCAUUGGUUCUCGAUUCUUAACUCUCUAAUGGUGAUCGCAUUCCUUGCUGGAAUAGUUUUGGUGAUUUUCCUAAGGACUGUUCGCCGGGACUUGACCCGAUACGAGGAAUUGGACAAGGAGGCGCAGGCCCAGAUGAACGAGGAACUUUCGGGUUGGAAGCUUGUUGUUGGUGAUGUCUUCCGUGUGCCAGGCAAUGCCACUCUUCUCUGUGUGAUGGUUGGAGAUGGUGUGCAGAUACUUGGAAUGGCAGUGGUGACAAUAUUGUUUGCUGCUCUUGGAUUCAUGUCACCUGCAUCUCGUGGCGCUCUGAUUACUGGUAUGUUCUUCUUCUAUUUGGUGCUUGGCAUUGCAGCUGGCUAUGCUGCAGUGAGGAUUUGGAAAACCAUCAAGGGCGGCAAUCAUACUGGAUGGAUGUCUGUUUCAUGGAAGGUCGCUUGCUUCUUCCCUGGUAUAGCGUUUCUGAUUCUGACCACUCAGAAUUUUCUUCUUUGGGGUAGUCAUAGCACUGGCGCAAUUCCCUUCUCUUUGUUCAUCAUAUUGAUUUUGUCGUGGUUCUGUAUCUCUGUGCCGUUGACUUUUGUGGGUGGGUACCUGGGUGCCAAGGCACCUCAUGUUGAGUUGCCCGUGAGAACUAAUCAGAUUCCUAGAGAAAUCCCUCCCCAAAAAUACCCUUCUUGGUUGCUGGUUCUUGGUGCUGGGACACUGCCAUUUGGUACCCUGUUCAUUGAACUCUUUUUCAUAAUGUCAAGCUUGUGGAUGGGUCGUGUCUAUUAUGUCUUUGGCUUUCUAUUUAUUGUUUUGAUCUUUAUGGUUGUUGUUUGUGCUGAGGUUUCACUUGUGCUUACCUAUAUGCACCUGUGUGUUGAGGAUUGGAAGUGGUGGUGGAAAUCAUUCUUCUCAUCAGGAUCAGUUGCUAUCUACGUAUUCCUUUACUAUUUGAACUACCUUAUAUUUGAUCUCGAGAGUCUAAGUGGCCCGGUCUCGGCUUCUCUGUACCUUGGUUAUUCACUCUUCAUUGCUGAGGCCAUCAUGCUUGCAACUGGCACAGUUGGCUUCCUUUCUUCCUUUUGGUUUGUACACUACCUCUUUUCUUCGGUGAAGUUGGAUUGAGUUCCUACCACAGGAAAUACUUCAGGACCAAAUAGCGAUGUCAUGAAUAUAGAAUGUGGAACUUGUGAAAGAGAAAUUGGGUUUAACUCGAAAUAGGUAGAAAUAAUAAGAUUUUGUCUCAUUAUUCUUUCAUGGAUGAAAAUAUUCUCUAUGUAACCGUUGUUUAUUGUCAUAUUCUGGAGAUAGUAGUAUUGUCUA